AUGACAGUACAUCUAAAGUUACUUAUGCCUGAUGGAUCAUUUUAUGAAAACGAUUAUGACCAAAGUACUACAGUCGAAGAGAUAACCAGUUCUUUAUUCAAAAACUGGCCUCAUAGUCUGGGUAUUAAACCAGUAUCUAACCACCUGAAACUCAUAUUUCAGGGUAGAUUCCUUUCUGGAGAUUUGACCCUCCUAGAAUUAAAAUUACCUCCUGAACAAAUCACAAUGCAUUUAAUUCAACAUGAAACAAUGCCAUUGCCAAGAAUUAAUGGUCAACAACGAAGAUUCAAACGAAGAUGUUGUCGUCUAAAUUGUCUAUCAUGCCUGUCAUGA